AUGGUGCCGGUGACUAAGGAAACGCGAUUUAAUGAACUUCCUGUGCAUAUAAAGCAGAAACUGAUUAACAUACAUAGAAGCUCUCAUCAACAACACACGUCAACGGAGAUGUUGAAGCCAAUGAAGUUUGGAAGCCUGUAUUCACAGACACAGGACCUGCAAACACUGAAUUUGAAGAAAAAUUUUAGCAUGGUUGUUGAGAGUGCAGAGAGACUGAAGAGGAUGUACGCUGGAGGAAAGGAUGAUGUUGAUUUUAAAUACAUUGGAGAGAACCUGAAGAGGAUGUUUGAGGAGCUGAAGGAGGAUGUGAUGCUGUAUAAGAAGAAUGAGGGAAGCACAGAGUUUGCAGAUGAAAUAUUGGUAACAUACCUGAUGCUCCGAAACAAGCUUGAAAGUAUUACGAAGGAAAGGAGGAUGUGA